AUGAUUCCUGCUUAUUACAGGAAUGACAUAAGGUUUCUCAACCACAUCAUCAUUUGUCUGCAAGAACUGCUGCAGCAUCUGGGGCCUUCAUAUCAUUGGGACAUUGUACAGCUCAAGUAUGAGGCCUUUGGAAGGGAACUCUUGGUGCUGAGCAAAAUAAGACAGGAGUUCAUUCAGGAGGUUGCCAAUGGAUAUGUGUUUGACCAGCCUGAGAUCCACAACACACAGUGGAUGUCACCUAUCAUGGACUUCUUUCUGGCUUACAUGUAUUACUGUAGAUCUGUAAAUCCUUAUCAUAAAUCUCAUAUGAUGAGUGAGGCCCUGGAUGAUCCUCAGACAUAUAAGUCUUCUGGGGAAUGCUCUAAAAUGUGGUGUAAAGGCACCAUCCAUAUGAUGGUUCAAAUCAGACAGGAAAUCAAAGACAGAAGUGCUGCAAGCAAGUCUGAACAAGAGAUGCCAAAAUCUCCUAUAAAACUCCACAGUCAAAAUUCAUCUGGACCAUCAUCCUUGCCUCUACAUGAUGAUGCAAUUCCAACAAGACCCAUGCCUGAAGUUAUUGAAGGAGAAACAAAAGAUGGUAUUCAAGUCCCAAAAUUGCAGACUGUCCCAUUAGACACAUCUUCAGCAUUCAAAGGAGUCAACAAGAAAGUUGCAGCUUUAGACCAUAGAAACUUGAAGUUGGAUCAAUCAUCAUUAAAUCAGACAAGUUUAAGGGAGUUAGGGAACUCUCCAAAUAAAAAUAUCCAGAUACUAGCAGAAAAUGAUGUACCUGCUCUGGAUCUGUCCACCCUGUUUUUCAAAAAGUUGCAUCCCAACUCUAACAAAUCUUUGUUGAGAUUGGCACCUGCUAAAAGGCUAUCUGCUGUUUUGAACCAGAAAUCACCCAACCAAGAGCAGAUGCAAUCAGAUAUUGCAGAGAGCUGUCCUGCAAUGAAAUCACAAUCUGAUCAGCAUGCACCAAGCCAGUCUUCCAACACCUUUGCAUCUUCUGAUGAUCCACCAUCUUUUUCUGAUUACACAGAGCCAUGGGAUUAUUCUUUAAAUAUCCACAUGGUUUCAAAUGAAGAGUCAGAGUCUUCAUUAUACCAGGAAGUUGCAGACUAA